GUCUUCUCGUGGGAACAUUAGAUGCAGUGUUGGAUUCUACAUCAAAAGUCGCUCCAUUUCGCAUCCUGCAUCAGACACCAGACUCUCAAGUCUACUGGUCCAUCGCAUGUGGAUCCAGCAGAGAAGAAAUAACAGAGCACUGGGACUGGUUAGAACACAAUGUUAUGAAGACGUUAUCAGUAUUUGAUUCAAAUGAAGAUAUUACAAGUUUUGUCCAGGGAAAGAUAAGAGGUUUGAUUGCUGAAGAGGGAAAAGGUUCUUUUACCAGAGAGGAUGAUCCUGAGAAGUUUCGUGAAGGUCUUAUGAAGUUUGAAAAGUGUUUUGGGUUACCGGAGCAGGAGAAGUUGGUCACCUAUUACUCGUGCAGUUACUGGAAGGGCAGAGUGCCCUGUCAAGGAUGGCUUUAUCUUAGUACCAACUUCCUUAGCUUUUACUCAUUUUUGCUGGGGGCAGAAAUAAAACUGAUUAUCUCCUGGGAUGAAAUAUCAAAACUUCAGAAGACUUCCAAUGUGCUUCUGACAGAGAGCAUUCAUGUGUGCUCCCGUGGAGAAGACCACUAUUUUUCCAUGUUUUUGCACAUCAGUGAAACGUUCCUUCUCAUGGAACAGCUGGCAAACUAUGCCGUUAGGAGACUUUUUGACAAGGAGACGUUUGAAAAUGACCCAGUCCUUCACGACCCCCUGCAGAUCACCAAGAGGUAA